AUGACUGAUGCUGUUCAGUACGCUCAACCGACUUCUCAAAGUCCGAUAGCCUUCGAUCCAGUUGACCCUAAUCAAGGAACAGGUCGAUCGCCUUUGCCAGUAACUUCACCAGUAAUGCCUCUAUCUCCAGUACAUAGCCUGCCGGAGCAGGCUUGUCAAAACGAAGCAUUCAUCUGGCGUACCAAGGCUGCACAGCUGGAAAUUGUUGUCAAGGAUCAACUUGCAAAGGCGAAUCGAGUUGAAGAAGCUCUUCGAGCAGAACUGUUUGCUGCGCGAUCAGGUUUAGCAGAGUCAAAUUGCACCGGCAGUAGUGUUGUACAUGGUCGAAAUCCUAAGGAGAAUGCAAUUUAUUUUAAGCAAACUCAAACCUCCGACGUGCCCAGAAAAUCCACUGCAACUGGUGAAGAUAUUAGAACCGGAACACCCACAAGAGUAUCACCUGUCCCAUUAGAAUGCACACUACCAUCGUGCGUUGAGAGGAAAAAGGAUUUAAUCCAAGAGAAUAAUCGGCUUUUAGAGCAGAUUGAAGAAGUUAAUAUGCGAAUCCAUGAAUUGGAGGACGAUGUUACUGCAUUACGUCAUGAUGUGGAUAGCUUGGAAGAUCACAGAGAUCGGCUAAAGCUACAGCUAGAUGUCACAACUCAGGAACGAGAUUCGAAAAUUGCCGAGGUUGCCGCUUGUAAUAUAGUCAUUGCACGUCACCAGGUAAUUUGCAGGGGAAUUUCUCAAAUUUUUUUCUUUACAUUUUCUUAAUU